AUGGUAAAGUCGCUCGAUUUAAACACCUCAUCAUAUGACACAUCGAGUGAAUACAACGGAUCAUGUAUUGGAAAUAUAUUUAGUGAAAUUCAAGAUGAAAUAAAAAACGAAUAUGUUACUACUAAGAAGUUUGAAAAGGAAAAUAUUUCCGCCCAACUGGGUGAGGGAAGAGGACAUUGUGGUGAGGCCACAAAGGGAACUAUCCAUUUUGCUGCUAGGGGGAAGAUUAAUAUAGAUGAGUAUGUAAAUUUCGUAAGCGAGAAAAAAAAUGAAUACAAAAAAAAAAAAAAGGAAUACGUCAUUGAAUAUAUCAAUCAGUGGAAGAUAAGAAAAUUUCACUACCAAGACAUGGACAUUUUAUUUAAAUUAUUUUACCAGUUUUUGGAUUUUCAAGAAAAGUGUUUAUUGUGUUGCAGUCACUUGUCCUUCCCACAUUUGUAUUUCAAGGCGCGCCGGGAAAGAGGCUGCAAAAUAUUUGCACAGAAAUACCAAGACAAGGGCGCCAGUAGUGGCAGUGUUAGCACGGCCAGCACUGUUAGUGAGGAGUGUUAUCGUUACAGCGUUUCUGGGGCGCCUUUUUGUGAGUGCCUAGAAACCAUUGGACCAUCGAAACAGUACCUAAGCGAAAAAAAGGACGACUGCUACAUAGACAUGAUUCACUUUUUGAAGCAAAACGGAUUAUCCUUUUCGUCCAAUGUAAAAAAAAAUAUUGUUAUAAAGGAAUUUACCAAAAAUGCAAAGUUCACAGAAUUUUAUAAGUGCAAUUCUUUUAAUGAAAAUUGCAUCAAUACUGUCCCUGUUAAAGAUGUUAUUUUAGAUACAAAAUAUGUAAACAUAUGUAGAUACCUGGAGAAGCCCCGGCUGACUAUUGAACACGUCAAGUCGCUAAACAGUCACACGGAGAAUUUUACUCCCCUUUUUAAGGUUCACAAGGCCAGCACGCUUUUAACGACUGUCGAAAAGAAGCUUCUAAUCGAGUGCCUAAAAGUGAUCAAGAAGAUAUUUGUUUACGACAAAAUAGACAAGCUAACGGUCAUCAUUUUUUGUUACUUGAGCAAUUUGUACAACGUGGUGAUGCGCCUGAAUGCGGAGUGUAUUUUGAGUUGCUACUCGCGGAAGCAUUUCGAAUUUUUCUUAUACUAUUUCUUUCAAGAGAACCCCCCAUCCGCUAGACGGACGAAAGUGCUAGCCAUGAAAGUUUACAGGAGCGGUGGUGAUGGCGAUGAGCGCCAUGAUCUCAGCGAGGAUCACAACUGCUAG